UUGUAUUGUUCUAUAAGAGGAAUAAAAAAAAGUUAGUAUGGUACUUUUAGUUAAUGCAUUUCUGUCAGAUAAAUAUAAAUUGAGCAGUGACAUAAGAAAAAAUAAUGCUGAAUAAUAACCAAACAAACUAAAUAUGAAAAAUAUUUACAACGAAAAUGAAACUUUUACGAUUAAACCGAUUAAAACUCAAACAAAAACAAAUUUGAAAAAGGCAUCGUUUUUUAGCUGUUUGGGAAAUGUAGUCACUUAACGUUUAAAACAAGCCAAAUGAGGCUGGAACUGAACUACAAGUACCACUGCAUCCCACUUGUAGUUGCGCAUGCUCAGUUCCAUCCAAAUAUCGGGACUGUGCAGGGAAGCAGUCGGUUGUUGGUUUAAAUGUUGUCGGUUAAAUCUGCCAUCAUCCGAUUUUACACUCAGAUCUUAUUUAAUCCUUUUCCCGGCAUACGCAGCUUUUAUUGUAUUUGAUGUCACGUUGGUGAGAUUUGUUCUUAAAAAAUAACGUAGGCGGAAGAGCAGCGUUUUAACGACCCCGGAAUUGCGGCUACUUUCCUAAGUAGCUUAGCUAGUUAGCAUUAGCGAUUUCCUUGGAUGAAAGGGGAAUUUCAGGUGUCUUGGUCAACAAGUUUCGGAAAUACUAAAACGCGAUGGCUUGUGGAGUCACCCUGAAAAGAACUCUGGACUUUGACCCCCUAAUGAACCAGGCUUCGCCCAAAAGAAGAAGGUGUACCCCGGUCAUGUCGCCGGUUUCUUCGCCGCAGAAGUAUCUGCGCAUGGAUCCGUCUCCUUUCGGGGAAGUGUCGUCCAGGCUCACCACAGAGCAAAUCCUGCAUAAUAUAAAGCAAGAGUACAAACGGCUGCAGAAACGCCGACACCUGGACAGCACUUUCCUGCAGUCUGAUGGCUGCUGUCCGGUGGAUCUGCAGAGCAGUCAGUGUGGAUCCCCCUCACCAGGUUCGUCCUCAGCUGCCUCGCCCCCCAGCAGGAAAGAACAGCCCUUAUUCUCUCUCAGACAAGUCGGGAUGAUUUGUGAGCGACUACUGAAGGAGCGCGAAGACAAGAUCCGCGAGGAGUACGACGAGACUCUGACCACCAAGCUCGCUGAACAGUAUGACGCAUUUGUCAAAUUUACACAUGACCAGUUAAUGCGACGGUUUGGAGAGCAGCCUGCCAGCUAUGUUUCCUGAGCGCUCCUGCCGUUUGUUUGAAUAUGCAAAUAGUCCACGAGGGGCGGCUGCGUUUGAACUCGUCUCUGGCUUCAGUUAGCGGCACAAACAUUUGCUGACUCUCCCGAGUUGGGACGGCUUCUUGCUGCAAACAUGUGGGAGCUCUCAGAGGCACCAUCAGUGGCCACUUGGUUGUUUUUGGUUGAUUUCAUUUUGAUGCUUUUACAAAACUGCCAUCGUUCACUUUGCCUUUUUUGUUUUUAUCUCAUUUUUUUCCACUGAAGUUGUUAGCAGUGCAGCUUUUUCAAAUGUAAUGUGUUUUUUUUUUUUUUUAGGGAUGGAUGGUGCAGCUUCUUGCAGCAUUUUUUUUUCUAAGUGCAUAAAUCUUACUGGUGAAUCCUCACAUUACAUUUGUAUACACUGUAUAACAUUUUUUAAUGCUUGAAUUUAGUUCACUGUAAAAAUGUUUGGUUUUAAAGGGGCUUUGACGCAAAUACAGCAGAUGAAUAAAAUUUGUAUACAAUCCUC